UUGAGUUAUUUUAAUUUGGUUAUUGAUUUUGAUAUAUUUUUUGUUUAUAUUUCGUGUUGUUAUUAAGUAUUAAUAGUGAAAAAAUGUGUUCUAAUUAUGAAAUUGAAUGCCUAGAAGAUUUAGAAACUUUCAUUUCUUCUCAAAACAAUACGCAAAACGUAUCUUAUAUUUCGAUAGUGCCAGAAGUUUGUAAAACAUAUCCAUGCAUACUCGGAAUUGACGAAGCAGGACGAGGUCCUGUGUUAGGCCCCAUGGUAUACGGAAUUUCUUUUUGCCCUAUAAACGAACAAAUCAUUCUAGAAAAAUUAGAAUGCGCGGAUUCUAAAGCUUUAAACGAGAAAAAAAGGGACGAAAUAUUUAAUAAUAUUUGUAAAGAAUCUAAAACCUUAGGUUGGGCAGUGGAUAUUAUAUCGCCGAUGUCGAUAUGUAACAGCAUGUUGAGUAGAAAAAAGUAUUCUUUGAAUCAAGUUUCGAUGGAUUCGGCCGUGGGGUUGAUAAAAUCCGCGGAAACCGCAGGGGUAUUAAUCGCGCAUAUAUUCGUAGACACAGUUGGUCCUAGUGAAAAAUAUCAGGAAUAUUUAAGGAAUUUAUUUCCUAAAUAUAAAAUAACCGUGGCGAAAAAGGCGGAUUCCAUUUACCCCGUUGUAUCGGCGGCGAGUAUUUGCGCGAAAGUUACGCGAGAUCACGCGUUGAAAGUUUGGAAGUUUCCCGAAGAAAUCGACGUAACCGACGGGGGAUUCGGUAGCGGGUACCCAGGAGAUCCUGUUACUAAACAAUUUCUAGUGGAUUAUUGCGAUCCUGUGUUCGGGUAUCCUCAGUUGGUGAGGUUUAGUUGGUCGACGAGCGAGCUGGCCCUCGAAAAUUUGGCUUAUCACGUGGAAAUGGAAGAUAUCGAGGAAAAAAACGUUCCGGCGAAUAAUAAUCUUUCCAUAACGUCGUUCUUUAAAGUGGCCGGUACCAAGAAGCGGACGGAAAAAACGAGACACGAAUUUUUUACCCAAAGAUGUCUUAGUAGAAAUGUUGAAUUUUAAUUUGUGUUAUUUAAGUCCUUUAUAUAAAUAUUUUGAAUAAAAUCAAAUUGUAGUGUUU